GCUCCUUGUCCGUUUAGGAGCUCCGGCAACAGAUGGUGGCAGUGGCGUCUACCUACAGCACAAAUCUGACAGGGAGGAGACUCAAAUGGGGGUGUCCGGAAUUGUGAAUAGAGUUGGUUGUCUAACGAGGGACCGGAAGAAGACUUUGUCAGUGCAACUUCAUUGAUAAUUUCUUGGCUAGUCUUUUAGAAUUUUAUCUUUUUUUCUUUGUUUUCCAAAGAAGGCCGCAAAAGCCUCGAGCUGGAUUUGUCGACACACUGGGCUCAGUUGCAAGAGGACAUCACUGGGAUUGCUCGGAAAGUCUCGUAAAAUGUGUCUGCUGGAAUUUGACAUUUUGAAGUCGUAACACGGUCAUUUUGAAGAGACUUUUUUUUAUUUACGUGGUACCACAAAGCUGAAUUGAUGAGGAGUAGAGAAAAGUUAAUGAACCGAGCUAACUGGUUAGCUAACAUGCUAUAAUGCUAGUUGGCUACUUAGCACCGAAACUCUGGCAUGUUGAAUGAAUGAAUGGACCAGCUGCUUUAAACUAAGAGCGGCUUUUUGUUAGGGCAAGAACAUAUCGACUGUUACAUACGCCCAGUCUGACUUUCCACUAAAAGGUAAACCUUUUGGCUGUUUGGUCUUCGGCUGCAGCUCUACUUAGCCACAAAUGGACAGUAAUGCAGUUCCUGGGAGUUGGUGGAGAGCGGCGUUUUAGCACGCAAAGAUAAUGUGCUUGUACUGACUGCAGCCUGGUAAUGUUUAUGAGGCCAAGGGAAGCUAACCUCAGCUAGCUACAUAUAUUUGCACUUAUUGGAUUUGGCUGCUAUCGUGUGAAGCUUCCGCUCAGCUUGGAAUGGGGAAUACGGUGUCAUGCUGCGGGUCUCCGGAGUCGAGCCCCAAACUACCAUCGAGACUGCCGGCAGAGCGGCUGGAGGAGUUCCAGACCAGCACCGAAGUGAGCGACGACACUGUGCCCUACCUGCAGCACAUAAGCGACAGAGAGGUCCCUGAUGAGCUGGCCUUGGAGUCUAAUCCAUCGGACCACGCCCGAGCAAGCACCAUCUUCCUUAGCAAGUCCCAGACAGACGUACGAGACAAGAGGAAAAGCAACCACAUAAACCAUGUCAGUCAUGUGUCCCCUGGUCCACUCUCAAAGAAAUACAGCUCCUGUUCAACCAUCUUCAUAGACGACAGCACUGUCAGCCAGCCAAACCUCAAAAGCACAAUCAAAUGUGUCACUUUAGCAAUAUACUACCACAUCAAAAACAGGGACUCGGACAGGUCACUGGACAUCUUUGAUGAGAAGUUGCACCCCUUGUCGAGAGAGCCAGUGCCUGAUGACUACGCAUAUGUAGACCCAGAACACAAACUGAUCUACCGCUUCGUCAGGACGCUCUUCAGUGCUGCACAGCUCACUGCAGAAUGUGCCAUCGUCACUCUUGUGUACCUGGAGCGGCUGCUGACCUACGCUGAGCUGGAUAUCUGCCCCGCCAACUGGAAGCGCAUUGUCCUGGGAGCCAUCUUACUGGCUUCUAAAGUCUGGGAUGACCAAGCUGUGUGGAAUGUUGACUACUGCCAGAUCCUAAAAGACAUCACUGUGGAGGACAUGAAUGAGAUGGAGCGCCACUUCCUGGAACUUCUGCAAUUUAACAUCAAUGUGCCGGCCAGCGUCUACGCCAAGUACUACUUUGACCUGCGACAGUUGGCUGACGACAACAACCUCAGCUUCCCUCUGGAACCCCUCAACAACCAGCGUGCCCAGAAACUAGAGGCCAUUUCAAGACUAUGUGAAGACAAGUACAAGGACCUCAGUCGAGCCGCGAUGAGGCGAUCUCUCAGCGCAGACAACCUGAUAGGUAUACGACGCUCCAAUGCUGUGCUCUCAUAGACUGCUGCCCUCUGACCUCCAAAGUUCAGCUAACCCACAGCCAGCCCCAGAAAGCAUUACCCACAGAGUUAUCAGGCAAGGACAAAAACGCCACUGUAUGACCUGUCCACACGGUAAUUUACAUUACAGCUGUAGACGUGCGUGAUUGUUAAAUUAAAGGUGUUUACCUUAUCUGAAGCAUUAUCAUUUGACUGUUGUUUUUACAAGUCCUUUAUUUAUUUGUUAUAUGUCUAUCACUUCUGAGAGAUCACAUUGAACAUGAAUGAUCGAGUUCAUCUGUCUGAAAUACACUUUGGUUUCUAUUUUUUUUUUUUUUUUCUACAAAAAUGUUUGAAUUACUUCAUGCAGCCUUAAAGGAUGAAGAGAGUGGUGUGUUAUAUUUGUUGUUACUGUCACUGUAUUCCACGAAAAGACCAAAACCAGCAAAUGUUAGGUUGUUCAGAUGUGGCUCAUUGGUUGUUUAUGAAGAUUGAAAUCGUGCUUGAGUGCUAUAGCAUAGUGAGGUUAAUGUUGGUUGGUCAUUUCCUGGGAUUCCUUAACAGUAUAUAAACUUUCACCAAAUGUAUCCUUUUUUUCCUUUUCUUUUCUUUUUUUUUUUUUUUAAAUUGCCACAAAAAAAUGCAAAAUGACCUUUGUUGUAAAUUAGAUUUAAUACCACAAGUUACUGUGGAGACUGUAAUUCAGACAUGUUUACUGUCGAUAUGUUUCGAGUACAUUUUUCUGUCCAUCAGGAUUGAACAUCCACCAUGUCUCAUAUUACAAGACACUGAGCUGAUAUCACUGUGUGGGAGCUGGCUGACGUCUUCUCAGUCAGCUGUUUUGUCUGUUUUGUCACAGGAAAAUCAGGAGUGCCAUUUGCAAUUUGGUGUUAAGUUGUGUAUACCACGGGUGAUCAAACGGGGCUGUUUACUGACUCUGGAUCAGUAUUUGCAAAUUAAUGGCUCCAUAUGGAAGUUGGGUUGAUGCAGGUCAGCCUCAGUAUUAAGCUCCUUAGAUCCUACCAUCCCAACCUCAUUCCCACCCCCACCCCCCCAUCAGAUCACCAGUGUUGUUCUUGUCCAAGGACCCAUCCAGCCCAAGGUUUGGAACACACUACACAGAUACUGAGGGGGAAAACAAACUGAUGGAUGCUCCCCUCCUCUUUUGCUUACUAUGUAGGCUUCUAGCUGUGAAGUUUGUCUUGUUUUUAAUUGAGAAAAAAAAAACAUUUGCAGAUGGAGUAUUUUAAAUAAACACUAAUCAUGUAA